AAAAUUACGUUAUGAAAGAAAAUAUACAAAAUAAUAAAGAACCAGUAAAAAAAAGGGAUUUAUGCAAUUUCCCAUAUCCAGAGAAGAGAAAUGUAGAUAUUAAUAAACAAUGGCAUACCAGCGAUGAGUAUGCGUGUUUAUUAAAUAAAAUGGAAUUUUAUGAAAAGUCUAAAAUCUUACCACAAUUUAUGCCACAGAAAUUAAUCGAAAAUGAACAUUUUGACAAUUUUUCAAACUUAUCCAGUAUUAAUCAUCUCCAAAGCAUGAAUAAUAACUACAAUUUUUGCAGAAAAGAAAUACAAACUUCAAAAAGAUUUAUAUCCGACAAAAUAGAAAACAAAAAUGGUCCAAAAAUUCAAGAAACUAUCCCUAAAAGUUCUUUCAAAAGGCAGGAAGAUUCAAGAACUAUUAUAUCUCCUCAAAAAGCUUAUGAAUUCAACAGUCAAUCACAAAUUAAUUUGGAACCAAUCCCUGUAAAUCCAGAUGAAGAUUUUUCUAAAAAUGGUAUAACAGAGGUUUUUAAGAAAAGCAAUGAAAAAAUAUCUACUUGUAUGUUCGAAAAAGAUUCUAUAUCUCUUAAAAAUUUUUUUCUAAAACAACAGGAAAAGGAAAUGACAGAAGAUAACAAGGAUAACAUUUCACCAGAUUUACAUACGGAAUUUGACUACGCUUCUACUCUUUUUAAAACUGAUGAUAAUGAUGAAUAUUCUUUUUUCAAAAAUACUUUUGAUACACUAACGGUACAAGAUGAAAACAUAAAAGAUUACGAAAAUAAUAAUAAAAAUAAUAACAUUUCUUCUCAAGUUGAUUAUAAUGAUAUCUGGAAAACAAUUGGUGAAGAUACUGAUUUCUUACCAGAUGAAGUCAUAUGUACUAACAAUGAUAUUACAUUUGAUGCAAACGAUAUAACAUUAGAUACAAAAACAAUGCCGUCAAAUGAAAAUAUGUUUUUUUUGCCAGAAAAUAGUACAGAGAGUUACGUCAAUCAAGUUUCAAAUAUGCCUUAUCCUUAUUUAAAUAGUCAUGAAUUAGACAGAUCUUCAUCAUCUAAAAAACCUAAUCUUAUGUCAGAUACUUACCACUCUAAUAUGCAUAUCAAUAAUAUUCAAUCAUAUUCAUCAGAUACAGAUUUCCAAGCAGAUAUUCUAAGUACAAAUAAAACAAAAAAUAUAUUUAAUCAAUCAUCAUCUGAAAUAUCCUCUGAAAAUAAUAUUUCUUUAACCCAUACUAGAAGCCAACAAUGCAUUUAUCAGCAAUCAUAUCAGCCAAAUAAUAAUUAUUUUUCAACUAUAAAUUCAGAAAACAAUGAAAUAGCUACAAAAUCAUAUAUUUCUAUUAAAGGUGGUUAUUUAUCUCCAUACGACCUUCCCGUACAAUUUAUACCUAAAUUUAGGCGUCUAGCAGAUCCAGUUUCUAAUAAAUAUGCUGAUAUACAAAAACAUAAUAAUUCUUCUGAUUACAUACAAACAAAUAUAAAUACAUUUGAAGCAAAAUCAUCUAAAUCUCUACAAAACAUGCCAAUAGAUGAGAAUGUUACUAAUAAUUCUAAAAUAUUAUGUAAUGAAACGUUAUUAAAAGAUAUGAAUAAUGAAAAAGAUUUAUUAAAUUAUACAUCAACUAAUACGUCUAUUCCAAAUGCUAAUACAUAUUUUAUGCAGCAAACAUCUAAAACUUAUAAAGAAAAAGCAGAAGAUAAAAAUAAAAUGUUUCAAGAUCUGCCAAUAGAAUUCUCUAAAAAAUCAAAAAUUUCAAAUAAAACUAUUAAUAAAACAUAUACAAAUACUCAAAAUACGGAAUUUGAAAUACAACGUUCAAACAUGCAAUAUACAUCGACUGAUCAAAAGAACGUGAACGAGAUCUAUUAUAAUUCUCAUGAAACUAAUCAGGAUGUUUUCAGCAUUAUAAACAAUAAAUCAUCUUUAUCAGAUACACCAUUUAAUAUCAAUAGUCUGGAACUAAAUACAAAAAAGAUAGAUAUGAAUAAUUUUUCAUUAAGCAAUAUCAAAAACAGACAAAAUAUACAUAAUGAAUCUCAUAUUCAAGAAAAUGCACUUGAACAAAAUGAAUUUUCAUAUUCAGAAGCAGAAGUAACUAAAAAAAUUAAUUUAUACUCUCAACAUUCUUUGGAAUCACAUUAUAACCCAAAAAAAUAUUUAACUGUUAAAGAAAAUACACAAGAACCAAGAAAUGAAAAAUCUAUCAAUAUUUCUCAAAAAUUUCCAUCUACUUCUAAUUAUGAGCCAUAUACAUCUACUAUGCAGAAAAAUAUACAACCUCCUUCGAAUUUUCCAUUAGAUAUAGAUAAUUCAUAUCUACAAUCAGAAAAACAGGAUAAAUCAGUAGCAUCAAACAUAUAUACAUCUUUUAUAUUACCAUCUCAAUCAAUGUCUUCUAAUAUCCAAAACAACAAUUCUAUGCUGGAUAUAAGUGAAAAUAAUUCCAGAAGAUAUAAUUCUGAUGAAAAAACUAGACCUAUUUAUCAUAAAGAUAGUUUCGAAAAUCCUAGUUAUCCUAUAUUAGUAUGGGGAUUUGGAGGGAAAAUCAUAACAAUAUUUCCAAAUAGAACAUAUAUUUCUAACAAUUCAAAGUAUUUAUAUUCUAAUUUGUCACAUACUUCCGGAACAUUAAAAAUUUCAAAUAUUAGAUCUUAUUUUCAAAAUUCCGAAUUAUUAGAUAUGACAAUACCUGGACCAUUAUUUUCAAUAUCUAAAAAUACUAAUAAAGCCCGUAAGAAAGAAGCUAUUAAGUGGAUGAAGGAAAAAAUUCAAUCACUAGAGCUUAUUAAAGAUGAUGAAAAACAGGAAUUUUUUAAUGAAAAAAUACUCUUAUGGAAAAUAAUAUAUAUCUUAUUAGAUAAUUGUUUUUCUUCAGAUCAAUAUGAAAGUAUUCAUUCGAUUUUAAAUCUAUUACAACCAAACUUGCAGUUUCCCAAUAAAGAACCUGAAUUUACGAUUACUGCAGAUUUUAUGAAUUCUAGUUCUAACUUGGAUACAAAUACUCAAGAGAUAUCAUCAUAUACUGUUACUCGAGAAUCCCUAGAACAAAUUAAACACUAUCUUUUAAAUGGUGCCAGAAAUGACGCUAUCCAAUUCUGCUUAGAUAAAAAACUUUGGCCGCAUGCUCUUCUAAUAUCUAAUUCUAUAGGUAAAGGAGUAUGGAAAUAUGUAGCAAAAGAAUUCAUACGUUCCGAAAUUAAUGUCAGCAAUAAAAGUUUGCAAGGCCUUAAAUUUUUCUAUGAAGCAUUAUGCGAAGAUGAUCUAGAUACAGGAAUUCCUGAUUCUUUUUUCAAUGGUACUGUUAAUAUAGAACCUAAUAAAACAAAAGAAUUUCAUAAAGAUUAUUUGGAUAACUGGAAAGAAACAUUAGUUAUGAUUCUUUCUAAUCCAAGUAAUAAAGAUUCCAAUAUUAUACAUAAUCUAGGAAAACUUCUUAUCAAAAAUAAUUAUAUAAUUCCAGGACAUAUAUGUUUUUUACUGGCAAAAAAAGAUUCAGUAUUUUCUAUGCUUGAUAUACAUAACUCAGACCUUAUUUUACUUGGAGGAGAUCAUAUAAAUAAUCCAUCUUCAUUUUAUCAUGAUUUAGACAACAUAAUUUUAAAUGAAAUUCUAGAACUUUAUACAGCUCUUAAAUCUCAAUCACCUUUUUAUGGAUAUGCUCAUUUACAAGCUUAUAAAUUUUAUUAUGCAACAAUAUUAGCAGAUUUUGGGUAUAUAUCUGAGGCACAAAGAUAUUGCGAAUCAAUUAAUGAUAUUAUUAAAAAAUUUUCUAAAGGCUCUCCCUUCUUUCAUUUAUUAUUUAUUCAACAAUAUCAGGAAUUUUCAUCUCGACUUUUAACUUAUGAAUCUCUUAAUUCAAUGCCAUCAUGGUUUGGAAAAAAAAUGUCAAAACCUAAAUUAGACAGUUUUUGGGGAUCAAUUGAAAACAAGUUAAGUAAAUUUGUUGCAGGAGAGACUAGUUCUAUCGAAUCUCAAGAAAUUUUAAAUAAUGAUUCAAAACCUUUUGAACGUUUCGCCGAAAAAAUAUCACAUUCCAAAAUCCAUUCACAAACAAAUCUUGAAGCAUUAAACACAUGUACAGUUGGUCCUUACCUUAUACAAAAUGAAUUUAUUUCUCAACCAAAUCAUCAGAAAAAGCCAAUAAAAACAUGUCAAAACAACUAUGAAUUAUCACAUAAUUCAUCUAUAACUAACUUUGAAGAUCCUAACGUUUUUUUAAAAGAUAAAAAAUAUGACCAUUUAUCUUGUUAUCAGCCAAUGCCAGAAUCCUAUGAGACUUCUAAUCAAGAAUGUUAUCUCGAAAAUGUUCAGUAUUAUAAGGAACCUAUUAUAUCAGAAAAUAGUUCAGAAAAUAUUUUAAAUAAGGAAGUUUUCAAAGAAAAUGAUCAGAUAGAAUUGUCAGAAAAUGAUAAUCCUAAUUAUUUGGAAUCUGGAAAUAUACAGACUAAUGAUUUUUAUAAUACUAAAUCCGAACUAAAAGAUCUAUCCAUUACUCAACUUAACUCAGAAGACUCUUGUAACGUUGAAUCUAAAUCUCAGUCUCCAGGAAAUAGUAAAGAUGAAAAUGCAAAUUCUAGCUGGUUUAGUAAAUGGUGGGGAAAAAAAGAACAAUCUAAAGAAAAGAAAAUAUAUAAAGCAAAAUUAGGAGAAGAAAAUUCAUUUGUUUAUGAUACCGAGCUUAAAAAGUGGAUUAAUAAAAAGGAUAAUACUUCAAUUUCUGAACAUGUUAUAUCACUACCACCACCACCAAAAAAAACGGAAUUAUCUCAUUCUACAAAUUCGAUAGCUAAAGAAUUGCAUUAUAAUGAAUCAAAUGAAAUGUCUUCUAGUACUAUUAUACCUAAUAUCGAUUCUAUGAACCCUCAAUUAUCUACUAAAUUUAAACAUAAACCAGUAGUAUCAAAUGACGAUGCUCUUGAUGAUUUACUUAAAAUGGCAUCAGAACAUUCUUUAACUAAUGGAAAUACACAAACAAAAACAUUCCCUAGAAAAAUAAAAGCAAAAAAUACUAAAAAUAAAUAUGUUGAUAUAAUAAACUUAAAUCCUUAAAUGUUAUGCUACUUAUUGAGUAUUUAUUUCAGAUAUUCAUUAUCCUGGUAUUAUUAAACA